AAUUUAAAAGGAGAUUAGUUGGCCUCACUCUGAAGAUACUUUCUUUUACUUAUUCCAGCUUACUUUGCUUCAGUUGCAUAUUCACAAAAGCAAUCGCUUCCUAGUUAUUCCCAACUACUAUUCCCCCCAACAUGAAGGGAAUGGAUCUUUUCUGUGCAUCUCCAGCCUCCACAGCUAUAUGCUCUAGCAUGGAACACCGUUAUUCCAUGGUUCGCCGUGGCCCGGCCAGACCCGACGUUGAUCAGCGCCACAAUCCACAUCUCCAUGGUCGAAGAAAAACCCAAUUCCAUUCUCACUUCCCCUGCACUUCAAUAUCUCAGUUGCCCAUAAAUCCUAAGCCUUAUUAUGAAAAGCAAAGGAGGAGUUCCGCCAAGCAAAGUGAUUUGCGCAAAAAAAGCUCCGCUGACAUAAAUGAUCUUAACAAGGCCCCAGGACGUUCCUCUAGAUCAUAUCUCUUGAGUGACACACCCUUAAUCGACUGGUUAUCAGAGUCCGAACCCAUCUCUGCACUGGUUCCAGUUGAAACGGCAAAGCCUAGCCGCCUGAGUUCAAAUGACUCUCCUGCCUUGAAAUCCUCUUCCUCGUCUCGCCCCCACGAACAGGUCGUGGUUUUGAGGGUGUCACUGCACUGUAAGGGCUGUGAAGGAAAAGUGAGAAAACAUAUUUCUAAAAUGGAAGGAGUGAGAUCCUAUAGUAUUGAUUUGGAGACAAAGAAAGUUACUGUAACCGGGGACGUGACCCCUUUAGGUGUACUUGCCAGUGUGUCCAAGGUGAAAAACGCACAGCUUUGGUCGUCUCCUACAUCAUCAUCCUCGUCCCCGAUAUUGCCAUCUUCCCGAUGGUCAGCAUGAAUAAUUACAAAUAAACUAGAGUUUCCUUUUAAUCUUGAUGUAAAAGUUGGGAAUUCCAGAUGGGUGUGUGAUUCCAGAGAUGUAAAAUCAACUUAUCAUGCUUUUAUAUGUGAUGUAAAUUAAAUGUGAGCUCUCUCUUCUA